UUUAAAAGGUUUGGUUUGACCAGUUGGUACGCACUUUCAGUAGAUCAUGAUCAUGUGCUGCUGCAACAGACAUCAGGCAGCACUUCAGCUACCCACACAGUAUCUGCGCUCUCUCUAAAGUCUGUGACACAGGAGCCUUUCUCUGUUUAUCGUUAAAGCAAUUAGCUGCAGGUGACUUUUUAUAGCAAUAUCCAGUUCUUUCAAAUGUUUACAUUUUGUAGCUUGAUCUUUGGAUAAACCGUCAUCUAGUUGCUUAAAAGCUGCCUUGACUUAAAUGGCCUUAUGAUCUUGUUGUUGUGUUGCUACUCUUUUUAAAGAACUCAAAAUAACCAAGCAAAACAUCUUUAUUUGCAUUGUUAUAUUAAUGAUUUAAAUAGCUAAUGCUUCAGUGCUUUCUUUGAUGUGAUUGUAACUUUUUUUUUAGUCUUAUUGUCAAGACCCCACUGUGGGUAAGAAAGGACUCCUUUUGCAAUCUGCUCACUGCGAUUUUAUCAAAGUGUCGAAUGAAUUAAAAUGAUACUGCGAUGCUGUUUAAAUGUGUUGAUGUUCCAGUAAAUAAAGGCAAAGUGAAUUCAGUCUUUUCACUAGCAUUGAAGUGGGCUUUGUCACAGACUGCUUUGUGGUUACAAAGAGGCCUAUGUUUCCAAGAAGUCGUUGACAACAGGCACCUUUUGAAACCCCUAAAAACCACAGAUGGCUCCCCAAAAGGCACAGCUACAUGGACAUUUUUCAAGCAAACAUAAUACCAUUUUAAAAUGCUGUGUUGUGUUCCGCACGCUCUGCAUUUCAUUAUCAGCCCCCCCCCCCUUUUUUAUAUUUAUCUUUUCUAUACAUCAUUAGCUGGGUUUUCACUGUCCGUCACCAUUGUCUUACUAACCUCUAUAAGCAAAGCAGUUCCACUUACACACAUUCCAAUCUAUUAUUCAACAGACCACUGCAUUCAGAUAGUGUGUAAAAUUGUCAGGGAGCCAGCGAUAGUCAUUUUAAAAAUAGUGAAAAUGAUCAGACCAAGAACAAUGCGUCAAUAGUGGUGCAGAAUGAACCAGAAACAGCAUGAGCUGAGGGAACAGUUCUGCUCACUGAGGUCAGCAGUGGAACCCUAUGAACUUUACUUAAGAAAUAUUGUAUAAAGUUUGUUUAUCAAAAAUGUAUUUGCUGUGUUCAUUAUUAUGGUCCAGACUUAUUAAACAUUUUGCUCCAGGUCAAAGUUAUUAUUAGAAUUGUUUUCUCUUAUGAAAAAACAAACGGUUCUGUGAACCAACUUGCAUGGGCAUUGAAACUAGCAUUCUGAGUUCUCAUUUUUAAACAAAUUAUAUUACCUAUUUGCACUGGGAAAAAAGGCUUCGGAAGACUUGUUUUUUGGGGUUUUGCUGGAAAUUUAUGAAUGUUACUUUAAUUUUUGUGUAUAAAAUGUAAAGCUAUGUCUCAGAGGAAGCAUACCGGUACAUAUGGUAAUAUGUGGUAAAGGACUUCCCUGAAUUGGAUUCUGAAAACUGCUGAAGAGGCAGCCACUCUCAUUAAAGCCUCUCAACUUCCUAUCGAGCAGAUGCAGCUUCAUGUGCUGUUUUCGUUCCUACAGUCAGUCUCUCAGCAGCAGCUCAGUACUUUUACAGCUCGAUCCCGGCUCUCUGAUCCUGCACUGGAGCCCCCUGAUCAACUCUUCCACCUCGUAUCCACAGUACAGAGCAGGACAGCAGGACCAUGAAAGAGGACGGCAGCCGGGACAAUGUCUAAAGAAGCUCCUUUCUUUCUUCUUCACCUUCUCUCCAGUGUACUGCUGCACUCACAAACUGGAGUUCAAGGUCGGGUCGUAGAGGGGUUGGAGGUUCAUCAGCCAGCCCGGCUCUCUGCUGCACUCGGAGAGACAGUCACCCUACACUGCAACGUCACCUGCAUGCUUCAAGAUAGAGAUCGGUUCUAUGGGAAAUUCUACAGAGUGGAAGGAGGGAAUAAAAUAUACAUUGACAAUAAAACUGUAUCACAAACCACAUGUACCGUGUCAUCCACCAUUGCAAAUAUCACAUUGGAGAGUGAAGCUGUUUACUACUGUGAAGUGAAGAUAGUAAGUGAUACUAAUCCAACAGAGGGGACUGGUUCAGGAACCACUGUUACUGUUUAUGCUGAACCUUCCUCAGUGGAGAUCCCAGAGCCACCGAUCCUUGUUGUGGAUACAGAAGCCCUCCUGAGCUGUGCAGUGAAUGGAUUCUAUCCUCAGAACAUCUCUGUAACCUGGUUCCAUAGGGAUCUCCAGGUGCCUUUAACCAGCAACACCAACCGCCUCACUACAAACAGGAAUGGUACAUUCUCUCUGAUCAGCCAGUACAGAUUCACCCCUGCAGUGCAAGACAAUGGUACAGUCUGCCGAUGUCAGGCCUCCCACCCAGCCUGGAGACGUCAUGUGACACUGGAGAGAGUCCUGGAUGUCAAGUAUGGACCCCAGUCCUUGAACCUCACAUCCCAGAACAGACCGGUCCUGGGGGAGGGAUCAAACAAAACCCUGGAGCUCCCAGAGGGGUCCCCUUUACACGUGUCCUGCUGGUCGGACGGGAACCCUCGACCCUGGACAGGGUGGUUCAAGGACAGGGGGGAUGGGCUGACCCUCGCGGAGCCACCUGUUGGGUGCAGCAACGAGACCCUCCAUGUUGGACCGGUGCAGCGAGAGGAUGAGGGGGUGUACUGGUGUGUGGCAAGGAACAGCUAUGGGGAGAGGAACACCAGCUUCACUCUGCUGGUGGUGGUUCAUGAUUACGUUUCUCUUGUUUCAUCCGUGACGGUUGCCGCCUGUGUCCUGCUCUUGGGGGUCGUAUUGAUCUGUUUAUAUGCAAGACGUAAACCGAGAGCAGGACGGGGCUCUCAGAGCCAGGAAACGGCUCAUGUGAUGCACCCACCAGUGGAAGCGGUAUAUGCAUUGCCCCAAAGGAGAAUAUCCAAAAAGCAGCAACCAAUCACAGAGACACUAUGUACCGCUGAAGAGCCACAGCUGACGUAUGCUGACAUCAGGUUUAAGCCUCUGCCCAGGCACAAGAAAAAGCGGGCUUCUGAAAACACAGAGAUCCUGUACAGCGAGACAGCGGGAGUGUGCCGUCCCUGUGAAGAGAGUAGGUUGGAGGAGCCUGUGUGCACUGUGUACGCCCUGGCACAGCUUCCAUAGCAGAGGGAGACUAAAGUGAUCCCAGGCACAACAAACAACUCAGAGCAAGAACUGCAGUUAAUCAGGCCAUUUACACCAUGCACAUUUGAAUCCCCUCCUUGGAUUGCAUGAAGAGUGUUUCCUUGAACAGAAGACCCACCUGUCUGGCUUACCAUGUGUUGUAUGUACAUUUGCCAAUGUUAAAUAACCUGUAAAUAACAUCCUUUAUAACACAUUUGUAGAUGCAUAAUUGAUUUUGCCAGAGACCUAACAUUAAAGUGCUACCAAAAGA